UUCAUUCAGUUCACUAAAAGCUUGACGGUGAUUGAAUCACGUUACUUCAAUAUACGGAGACAACAAAUAGUGUCAGCGAAUAUUUGUGCGCUGUUUAAAAGUCUCCAACUUCCUGAAGCUCAACCCCAUUACGUAGAAAUAUGAACGCGGAAGAAAAAUCCAAACGCACCCACAAAACGUGAGGAGGCGCGAUGGAUGCAAAGGACAGAGAGCGGCAGCGGACACGGGACGCUUGCAAGAGAACCGGUGCGCAAACAGAAAGCGCCAAGGUCCUGCGCUCGCUUGAUAAUGAGAGUAUGGGAGACGAUUUGGACCAUCUGAAACAACUUGGUAAUCUUGAACGACAGCUCAUGGCACCGCGGUACAGCUUGAUCCGUGAAGUUGGAAGGGGCAGUUAUGGCGUUGUGUACGAGGCGGUCGCGCGGAAAUCAGGAGCGCGAGUGGCAGUGAAGAAACUGCGCUGUGACGCGCCAGAGAAUGUGGAGUUGGCGCUGGCCGAGUUCUGGGCUUUAACCAGUCUGGAGAAACGCCAUGAGAAUGUGGUGCAGUUGGAGGAGUGCGUGCUUCAGAGAAACGGGAUGGCUCAGAAAAUGAGCCAUGGCAAUAAGCGAUCAAAGCAGUAUUUGAGGUUGGUGGAGACCUCGUUGAAAGGCGAGCGUGUAUUGUCGUGUCCCGAUGAACCCUGCUACCUGUGGUUUGUCAUGGAGUUCUGCGAGGGAGGGGAUCUGAAUCAGUUCAUCCUGUCUCGCCGGCCCGAUCCCCACACCAACGCCAACUUCAUGAUGCAGCUGAGCAGUGCUGUGGCGUUCCUGCAUCAAAACAACAUUGUUCACAGAGACCUCAAACCGGAUAACAUCCUCAUCUCAGAGUGUUCUGGUGUGCCUGUGUUGAAAGUGGCCGAUUUCGGCCUGAGUAAAGUGUGUGCGGGUCUGGCCGCUGGGGUUCGGGACUCAGAGGAGGGAUGGGACAAAAACAAGAACAGUGUUAACAUCAACAAGUUCUGGCUCUCAUCUGCAUGUGGCUCAGACUUUUUUAUGGCACCAGAGGUGUGGGAAGGACAUUACACGGCCAAAGCAGACAUUUUUGCUUUAGGCAUUAUCAUCUGGGCCAUGAUUGAGAGGAUCACGUUCAUUGACGCUGAAUCGAAGCGGGAGCUGCUCGGGACGUACGUGCGACAGGGUUCUGAUAUUGUCCCGGUUGGGGAGGCACUUCUGGAAAACCCAAAGAUGGUGUUGAGUAUUCCUCAGCGCAGGCGCUCACAUAUGUCGGAGGCGCUCAGAAAACUUUUGCAGGACAUGUUGGCCGUCAAUCCUCAGGACCGACCGGAUGCAUUGGAGCUGCACAACAGAAUGGGACAGGUCACCUGCGCGGCAUAAACUCUGACCUCUUGUAAAUGCACACAAACGCACACAGGCUUUCCCUUUCCACAACAGAACACAAGGGACUGCUGUACUUGGAAAACUGUGAACCUUCAUUGCUGAUUUGAUGUGGAGUACAAAGUACUCAACUUACAGAUUUACAUAUUUUUUGCCUCAAAUAGAUUAUAAAUUCAACUGACCUUUUGCUUUUAUUUUACAGUAGUGAUUUAAACAAAUCAUUCACAAAAUGUACCUUAUCAGCAAGUUCAUAAGUGUUCAGCCUAACUCAAUCAUCAAUUGCAUCACUAAGAGUGAAGUACAAAUAAACAAAGUUGUGAUAUAGUGAGUACAAUCAUGCUAAAACAAGCAAGCUCUUUAGUAGUCUAACUGGGUGACUGGGACUUUAAAAUGAUUUUCGUGGAGCUUCCCUAGUUGCACAUCUUCUAAAACAAUCGUAUGGCAUAAAAGUAUUUUAAGAUAUUUUGUUACAUUUUAUGAGCAAUGAAGACUUCAGACUUCAGUUUAAUAAGCAAUUGUAAUUACUUGUCUAUUUCAACCAGUCACAUUUUUAGGUUUCAGAUUUUUUUUUAUGAAUUAUUGCAUUCUGCUGAACAAGUAGAUUCAUUUUCAGCUGCUUACUAUGAAAGAAAACUCUGCUUAUUUGCCAAAACAAACACUAUUAACAGUACAAAGAUGCUCACUCAAGGCACUUGACUUCAUUUUGAGCCCAAGGAUAUAUAUGCAUGCUCAUUUUCUCUGUUUGGUGGUGUCCACCAGCAAACAUGCUCAUAGUCUUACACUUGGGUCCAACCAGUUGAUCUUACUUGAGUAAAAAAAUCACAGAACAGCUCAAUGGAAUAUCUUCAGCCUUGCUGUUACACCACUAUUCGAAGGUGGAAAUUAUGAGAAUUAAAGGCUCAAUUUUAAACCCUGGUUUUAAUUUGCCAUUAAAAUUCUAAUGAUUUUUAAGUUGCCCAAGUACAAUAUUGAGAUUUCCCAUUAAUGCAGAAUGACCCUGGUGCAUUAAAGUCUAAUUAAAGUGAGAUUUCCUUUAUUUUUUGUUUUCUGAUUUACAGCUUUAACUUUUUUAACAUGCAGUACAUUCGCCAAGCUUUUAAUAUUUUAACACUUUUAAACCUGUAGGUACCAGUUAUACACAAUGAGAGAUUAUUUCUUGCCCAAAAAGAUUGAUUAAUUGAUUCUGGUGCCCUUUUAAAGUCAGAUUCGUAGAACCAUUGGCCUCCAAGGAUAAGCAGUGUAAACAUCCCUUCUACACAAACACACUCACCCACACACACAAGUUUUUUUGAGAGUUGGUAGAUUUUGCUGCAGUAUGAUUAAGGGAGCAGUUAAAGAGGACAAGAGUGUUAUUUUUGUUUUACAUUAUAAAUUCAUUUCUUAUUAUUUGUACAAAUGCAUUUCCAGUUGCAGUGGAUUUGCUUUUAUUGAUUUAUUGUAAAAUCCCAUGUUUCCUUUUUGUUAGCUUUUUACUUGAUGCUCAAUAGAGUUGGUAAUGUUCCUCAAAACAGGUUGGGAACUCCAUAGAUGUACCAUCGCUCUCUUACUUUCAGUCGUAUCUUGACAUGAACUAAAUGAUUCGUAGAGUGUGUUUGAUUGUUAUUGUUAUUUUUUUGCCUGUCAGUUUGUGUGUGCUAUAGUUCUACCUCAGCACUCUUGUGUUUUAGUAACUAAUUAACUAAAUAAACUAGCAGUUAUUUCUGUUUUUGUGCUUUUUAUUUAUUUAUUAUAUAUAUAUAUAUAUAUAUAUAUAUAUAUAUAUAUAUAUAUAUAUAUUAUUAUUAUUAUUAUUAUUAUUAUUAUUGUCAUUUUUGAAUAAUAAAUCUAAAGUCUCAAUCUGUUUGACCAGUAUUUUUAACUUAAUUUUUUAAUUGUUUCUCAUUUGUGACUAUUUUUCUGUCUGCUGUAGAAGAACCUUGAGGCUUAUGAAAUCAAGAACAAUGAAUCACCCUCAAAUUUUAAGUUCUUUUGAGUGGUACUGGACUGUAUUGUUCUUUACUUUAUCUAUACUUACGAAAACAAUUUUUGGUUACACUUUUGUCAGGAAAUGUUUCUGUUUUCUUUAUAGGCAUAAAGACUCUCUUCUUUAAUUGAUUGCAUUUCUUUUCCCCCGAAAUGGCAUUGUAAAUUACUGUAACUUUCAUGAGGAUCAAACUCAGCCCAGAGUUGGUAAAAAUGUCAUUGCAUUUUUAUUUUUAUUUAAAAAAAAAAAAAAAAACAUUGUCCUCUCUAUUAUGACUGUUUUUCAGUUUGAAUGUUUUAGAGUGCUCAAACACUGAAAAUGUUGUCAUAGAAUUCAGAAGAACCCGUAUUAGACUGCACUCGCACUGAGGAUGAGUCUCCUAAGAGUGGACAUAGCAUAAUAGAAGCUCACUUCCUGCAUUUUCACCACUUAGACUUUGUCUUAAGUUUUUGUAUUUCUUGUGGUCCAACUUUAACUGUGAAACACACUCGUCUACGCAACCUCUCCUUCUCUGACACUGUGACGCUGCUCUGCUAAACUAGUCUCUUCAGACCUCUGUGGCUUUUCCAUUUUCAUGUUGUUGUUGUUUUUUGUUUUGUUUUUUUGUGGGGCACUUUGUACUUUUUUGUGAAAACUGAAAUGUUUUUAAUAGAUGUUUUUCCCCUUUCUGUUUUGACGUUGUUUUUAUUAAAUAAA